AUGACCCACGACUCGCUAUUAAGACUGUAUUGUAAUGUUUGCCAUCGCCGUAUUUGGUGCACUAUCCAAACGUUUUACAAGUGUAGUGUAUGUGAUUUAUUUACUCACCUGAAGUGCAAAGAAUCUAUUAGUAAAAUGUGCCAGACGUACAAGACUCCCCAAACUGUAUUUAUAAUGACUAUUCGCCCUGAAAUUGGACUUUCAUCGCAACAACACCGAUGUGCAGACUGUAGAAGAUUUAUUGGACUAGCAAACAAAAAGUCUAAACAAGUACUGCCUGAAGCUCGAAUUUGUGAUUACCAAGGGCGAUAUCAUUGUUCAAACUGUCAUAAGAAUGAACAAACUGUAAUUCCGGCUAGAGUUAUUCGCAAUUGGGAUUUCAGUACAAGAACAGUUUGUCAACGCUGUAGUAACAUGUUGGAGCUGCUAUCUAAUCACCCAGUUAUACCUUUAGAAAGUAUUAAUGCUAACCUUUUUAGUCAUAUUGACGAUUUGGUAACUGUAAAGAAUUUGCGUAUGACGCUAUCUAAUUUACGGCUCUAUGUACAUUCAUGCAAAUCGGCACAACAACACAAUUCGUUUGCAAAGCUAAAGAUCAAGCUUCAUUUAAUGGAUAAUGUCGAUAUGUACUCUAUGCAAGAUUUGAUAAAAAUUAAUGAUGGAACUUUGAUAGAGGAACUUAGAAGUAUUUCUCAAGAUUUAAUUAAGCACGUAAAAGAAAACUGCGAACUUUGCGCAGCGAAAGGGUUUUAUUGCGAAAUUUGUAAAAGUUCUGAGUUGCUUUUUCCUUUCGACUUAAACGCCGAAGUCUGUGAAAAAUGUUCGUCUGUGUAUCACAAGUAA